AUGCUGGCGGCACACUGUAAAAAGACAGAGCAGGUGGAUGUGAAGACCCCCGUUCUCACAUACAUCCGCAACACGUACUCCAGCGCGGAGGCCGACGAGGCCGCUGAUGACCUGGCGGCGGUACAGGCGCUCAGGAACGAGCUCGUGACAGCGCAGGGCAGCGCCGCAGGCCCGCGGCGCGAGGUGCCGCUCGUGAAGUACUACAAGAGCCUCACGUCCAUCGAGACGCGUUUCCCCAUCAGCGGCGAGAAGGGGCACGUGAAGCUCACCUUCGUCUGGUUUGACGCAUUCAAGCCGUCCUCCAAGGCCAAGCAGUCCAACAUCCACUUUGAGAAGGCGGCGGUGCUCUUCAACCUCGCCGCCACCCUCAGCCAGCAGGCGCUAAACGUGGAGCGGGGCACCCCCGAAGGCAUCACUCAGGCCUGCAAGCUCUUUCAGGAGUCCGCCGGCGUGUUUUCCUACCUGCUCAGCCACGAGGCCAACAAGUGCGACGCGCCCCGCCCCGUGGACCUGAGCCCCGAGUGCUGCGCCCUGAUGGAGAAGCUCAUGUUGGCUCAGGCGCAGGAGUGUGUGUACCACAAGGCGGUGAUGGACAAGAAGAGCCCCACAGUCGUCGCCAAGCUGGCCAAGCAGGCCGCCACCAUGUACGGCGAGGUCUCCUCCUCGUUCAACUCCUCGGCGCUGUCCGCCCACUUUGAGAAGUCGUGGGCGAGCCACACCCAGAUGAAGGGCUCCCUGCUGGACGUGCUGGCGCUCACGGCAGCUGCCAAGCAGCUGCAGUCUGAGACCAAGAUCAACAAGGAGAUUGCCACCCUUGCGGAAGCAUUCACACGGCUGCAGGCCACCAAGAAGCUGGCCAAGGCCGUGUCUCAGGAGAUGUCUGACAGCCUGCGGCCCCUGGAGGAGGGCGUGGCGCUGGCGCUGACCAAGGCGCAGAAAGACAACGACGCCGUCUACCUGGAGCGGGUGCCGCCCUUCGCAGACCUGCCGCCGCUCACGGGCGCCCUGCUGGUGAAGUCUGCGCCGCCCGCGGCCCUGCUGGAUGUCAGCGGCGGCGAGAACCUCUUCAGCAGCCUGGUGCCGGACAGCAGCGCCAAGGCGCUGUCAAAGUAUUCAGAUAUGGUGGACGCGGCAGUCAGGGAGGCGCUCGACAAGCUGGCCGGCGCCACAGACUCGGCGCGCGUCGCGCUGCGCCAGGCUGAGCUGCCAGAGCUGCUUGAGGCACUGGAUGGCGCCACCCCGGCCGCGGCCGUGCCGGAGGGGCUGGUGCGGGAGCUGGAGGACGUGCAGUCCAUCGGGGGCGAGGGCCACCUCAAAGGGGGCCUGGCUGGGGGCGUGGUGAUGGGUGUGGGGCCAUCGAUCCUGUCGGAAAUCGGCGAUCUGAGGCGCAACGUGGAGCUCGACCUUUCGGCCUGCCAGAAGGCCCUGGACGAGGAGGCUGCGGCGGAUGCGGCGGAACGGGGGCGGUACAGUGACAAGUGGAAUGUCCCUCAGAGCGCCACGCUGGCGCGGCACCUGUGGGACAAGAUAAACUCGUUGACCCUGGUCCAGGCGGGGGAGAGCGAUGCCAAGGUCAUCAGGCGCCUCCAGGACAACGAGGCUGCCUUCCACGCGCUCACACCCGAGGCGGCCGCCGCGCAGAUGCCGCGGCUGUCCGCGCCGCUGGUGCCCCUGGGGCCGGAGGACCCGGCUGUCGUGGUGGCCAGCCUGCGGCGAGGCAUGGAGUCGCUCAGCGCGCUCAGCACGGAGCGGGCGGGCAUUGAGGAGGCCCUAAAGGAGAUGAAGGCAAAGGACAACAUCCUGCCAAAGCUGAUGUCAUCACCCUCCUCAGGCUAUGACGCCCUGUUUGAGCGGGAGAUCGCAAAGUACUCUGUCCUGAGGGCCGACGCCGCCCGCAGCGCACAGCGCAACGACGAGGCCGUCGCAGCAAUCGCGCGGGAUGCGGCGGCCGUCGCAGCGAUCGCGCGGGAUGCGGCGGCGUUUAGGAGCGUGUUCCAGGUGCAGGCCUGGCGCUCCUCGUGCGAGGCGGCCGCCGGCGGCGUGCGCGGGGCCCUGAAGACAUACAGGGAGGUUUUGGACCACCUGUCAGAGGGCCUGAGGUUCUACAUGAGCCUCCAGGAGGCGGUCAAGGCUCACCAGCAGCAGCAGUCGAGGGAGCGGGACUCCAGGGCUGCCGCAACCCAGGGGAUGGCGCACCUGGGGUUGCACCCGCAGCCCGGCUUCCCGCAGCAGCAGCCGCAGCAGCCGGCGUACCCGCCCCAGGCAUACUACGGCGCCGGCGCACCCCCGCCGCCCCAGGUGCAGCAGCCGUACCACGGCGCAUACGCCGGCGGCGCCGCGCCCGGCGCGCCGCCGCCGCUGCCGCAGCAGUUUGCAAAUUACGGGGCUCCCCCGGCGGCGCCCAACCCGUUCACUUAUCACCAGCAGCAGCAGCAGUACGGCGGCUACCCGGGGCAGCAGCAGCCGCUGCAGCCGCCGUACCCCUACCCGGGGCCAGGGCAGCAGCCGCCGCGCUGA